UAUUUAAAAAAGAAAUUUAAAUAGAAAAAUCUUCAAUAAAUCGUUUUAAACUUUUUUUUUUUUUUUUUUCUUAUUAUCAGUUUUAUUGUUUGUGUUUAUAGAUAUAUACCAAUUCUUUAUAUAUAUCAUUCAUAAAUUUAUUUAUAAUUUUUCCCCCCAUUUUAAAUUAUUAAUAAAAUAAAUACACAAUACAUUUUUUUUUUUUUUGUUAUUGUUUUUAUUUCAUUAAAUUAAUACAUUUUAAAGAAAAAAAAAAAGAAAUCAUACAUAAUAUAAAAAAUAUAUAUAUAGAAUAAAAUGAAGUUAAAUCAAAUUUUAAUUUCAUUUAUUUUAUUAAAUGUUUUAUUAAAUAGCGUUAAUGCUAUUUUUUAUUUACCCGGUAUGUUCCCUCAAGAUUUUGCAGUUGGGGACGAAGUAUCAAUUAAAGUUAAUAAAAUCACAUCAGUUCAUACACAAAUUCCUUAUAAAUAUUAUCAAAUUCCAGGUGUUUGUCAACCAAAAGAAAUUAAAGAUGACGAAGAAAAUUUAGGUGAGAUUUUAUUAGGUGACCGUAUCGAAAACUCACUUUACAAAUUUGAAUUUAACACAACAAAUGAGGAAAGUAAAUGUAGAGUAUUAAGAUCAGAAGGAAAAUGUGACCCACAUGUAGGCGAAAAAGAUUUAAAGGUUUUACAAGAUAGAAUCAAGAAUUCAUAUAGGGUUCAUUGGCUUUUAGAUGGUUUACCAGUUCGUUUAGCUACCAGACAAGCAUCAGAUCCAGGUUUCGAUUUAGGUUAUACUGAUCAAGCUGGUAAAAAGAAUCUUAACAACCAUGUUAUCAUCACUAUUGAAUACCAUAAGAAUCCAACUGACAAUACCUACAGAAUCGUUGGUUUCCUUGCCGAAACCAAAUCAAUCCAAUACAGCGAAGAAAGAUGGAAUAAAAUAAAAGAUAGGGAAGAAAAUAAUGAUGAAUGCCCAGAAACUACCGAAGACUACAAGGCAUUAUCAGUAGAAACUGAAGAUGGUGAAAAAGAAAAAUUUGUUCUUUGGACCUAUACAGUCAACUUUAAGGAAUCACCAGUUUUAUGGAAUAAACGUUGGGAUAUUUAUUUCGAAACCAACGAUAACUCUGUUCAUUGGUUCUCAAUUUCAAACUCUUUAAUGAUCGUCCUCAUUUUAUCAUUCAUGGUAGCUAUGAUUAUCACCAGAACCGUCAAAGCUGAUAUUCGUCGUUAUAGUUCAUCAUCAUUCGAUCCAGAAGAUCGUGACUCUCAAGAAGAAACCGGUUGGAAGAUGAUCCAUGGUGAUGUAUUUAGACCACCAAGUCAUCCAAUGUUAUUAUCAAUUUGUAUUGGUAGUGGUGUUCAAGUUUUCGCAAUGACCGUUAUCACCAUGAUCUUUGCAGUUUUAGGUUUCCUUUCACCAGCAAAUAUUGGUGGUCUCGCUGAAGCACUCAUUGUUUUAUUCAUUUUUAUGGCUGUUUGUGCUGGUUAUUUCUCAACUCGUGUAUUCUCAAUCUUUAAAGGUAGAAAUUGGAAAAAGAAUACCAUCUACACUGCCUUUACUUUCCCAGGUAUUGUUUUUGGUAUCUUCUUCAUUGUCAAUAUGUUCCUUAGAGGCGCUAAAUCAUCAGCUGCAGUACCAUUUGUUACAUUUGUAAAAAUUAUUGCAUUAUGGUUUGGUAUUUCAGUUCCAUUAGUUUUCGCUGGUAGUUAUUUCGCCAAAAAGAAACCAGUUCCAGAAGAUCCAGUUCGUACCAAUCAAAUCCCACGUCAAGUUCCAGAUCAAAUUUGGUAUAUGAAUCCAUAUUUAUCAAUUUUAUUGGGUGGUAUUUUACCAUUUGGUGCUGUAUUUAUCGAACUUCAUUUCAUUUUAACCUCACUCUGGGAUAAUCAAUUCUAUUAUAUUUUCGGUUUCCUCUUCAUUGUUUUACUUAUUUUAAUCGUAACCUCUGCCGAAAUUUCUAUUGUUAUGUGUUACUUCCAAUUAUGCGCUGAGGAUUAUCAUUGGUGGUGGAGAUCUUAUUUAACUAGUGGUAGUUCUGCUCUCUAUGUUUUCAUCUAUUCGAUUAGUUUCUUCCGUUAUUUAUCAAUUACCAAAUUCAUUUCAAUUUUACUUUAUUUCUCUUAUUCAUUCAUUAUGUCUUUAGCUUUUGCUCUCUUAACUGGUGCAAUUGGUUUCUAUUCAUGCUAUCUUUUAGUUAGAAAGAUUUAUAGUUCAAUCCAUAUAAAUUAAAUUAUAAUUAAAAUAAAAUAAUAAAAUAAUAUAAAUAUAAAAAUAUAAUAUAAAUAAAAUAAUUAUUUAAAAUAAAACUAAUAAUAAAUUGUUAUUUAAAAACUAAAUAAAAUAAAAUAAAAAUAAAAAAAAAAAGAAAUAAAAUAAAAAUAUUAUUUAU